AUGGCGUCAUCCGUGGCUAUCGAUAUUCUUCGUUUUACUCAAAAAUACUCCCUCUAUAGUAAUUCGUUUACAUUUAUCAUUGGCACAAUCGGAAAUCUACUCAAUAUUCUUAUUUUUACUACACUGAAACUCUUUCGAAACAAUCAAUGUGUACUCUAUGUUGUCACAGAAUCAAUCGCAAAUAUAUUUCAACUAACUACCUUCGCUCUCAUCUUUAUACUCUUAGCAAUAUAUCAAACUGAUCCAGCUAAUUCAUCACCUUUUUGGUGUAAAUUUCGAAGUAUCAUGGUUUCAUCAUGCACACUUAUUUCAUUUUCCACAAUAUGCCUCUCUGCUUCUCAUCAAUAUCUUUCCACAAGUCCUCUCCUCUAUUUAAGACAAUUAUCUACAAUUAAAACAGCAAGAUUUCUUAUAUGUGCAUCAGUUAUCAUUUCACUAUUAUUUACUAUACCAUUUGGUCUAUUUCUUGAAAUUCGAGCAUGUAUUUGUGCUGUAUUUAAUCAAACUAUGUCAAACUAUAUAUCUUAUUUCUAUUAUCCAGUUCUAUCUGGACUUUUACCAGUUCUUAUUGCAUCAGUGUUUAGUUUUCUAGCAUAUAAUAAUGUUCGACGAAUAGUUCGAAGACAAGUACCAAUAGUUCGACGAAAACUUGAUCAACAAUUAACAGCAAUGAUACUUAUUCGUAUUAUAGUAUUUAUCGUUUUAACAUUACCUUAUGAUAUUCAAGAAAUGUAUACAUAUAUUGCAAAAGUGAAUCAAUCAAAUCUACUUUAUUAUGCAGUUAAUAACCUCAUUGGAGCAGUUUUAAUAACAUUGUUUAACUUAAACUAUGCGGCACCUUUUUAUGUAUUUGUGAUAACAUCUGCUCGAUUCCGUCGUCAAGUGAAACAUGUUUUGGUGAAGAACUGUUGGGGACGAUGCAAACGAUGGUUUCUUCAUAGUAUAAAUAAAGUUCAUCCAAUUGCGGAUACGGAAUCACCUGCUUGUAGUGUUGCACUGGAAUAA